AUGGAAGGUCGAUGGAUGGGAAAGUAUGUUUAUUUUAAUGAAAAUUUAAAACUAUUUUGAUUUUAUUUAAAUCAAGUGUUUAGGCUUGGAAAAUUAAAAUUUAUUUUUAAAUUUUAAAAUUUUUCGAAAUAAAAAUUAACUAUAAAAUUAAUUUCAGAGCAUGCAGCUACAGGAGCUUGGGAGGAACGGAACGUAUUUUGCUGUUUAUGAACAAGACCGAAAGGUUUGAAGCUUUGUAAGUUUUAUAUUAUUAUUUAUUAAACAAUGGGCAUAAGGCAAGUUCUAGGAUCAGGGUUAGUGCUGAGACUGGUACAUAGUUGGGCUUAGGCUUAAACUUAGGCUAAGACUUAGGCUUAGGCUCAAGCUUAGGAUUAGGCUUAGACUUAGGCUUAAGCUUAGGCUUAGGCUUAGGCUUAGGCUUAGGCUUAGGCUUAGGCUUAGGCUUAGGCUUAGGCUUAGGCUUAACCUUAGGCUUAGGCUUAGGCUUAGCCUUAAGCUUAGGAUUAGCCUCAAGCUUAGGCUUACCCUUAAGCUUAGGCUUACCCUUAAGCUUAGGCUUACCCUUAAGCUCAAGCUUAAGUUCUAGCUCAAGCGCUGAUUUUAACUCAAACACAUGUUCAGGCUUAGACUGAAACUCUGACUGAGACUUACCGUUAGGCUUACACUCUCCCACAGGCUUAGGUUCCGAUUUAAAAUCACGCUCUGGCUUAUGCUUAGACUAGGAAUAGAAGAGCUUUCCUUGCAUAUCACUUUAAUUGUGUUACUGAAGUUACGCUUGAUCAUGGCAUGUUUGAUAGUAUGAUAGUAAACGAUAUUUUUCAGACAAUUAUGUGCCAAAGAGCUUAUGGCCGAAUUAAGUAACGAAGAAAUGAUGGGUUUUAACACAGUCAACUUAACUCAAUCACAGGCCGAAGAAAAGUGUCACCACGAGCAAAAAGUGAAAAUAUCUGAAAAUACAUUUUGGCUUGUAAUCUGCGGUACCGGCAUUGUAUUGUUGCUCAUUGCUAUGACAAAGGCUUUGAGUAUGGUGCGGCACAUUAAAGUCUACUUCGUACCUAAAGAGCGUGUUAUUGAACGCAAGAAUAGUAUCGAAGUACUAGAUCCAAAGGUAUGGCAAGAGAUUUGUAGGGCCAAUGUUCGGCGAAUGAAGAAGGCAGAGAUCAUGCAGAUCAAAGACAUCGUGGAGAAGGCUAAAGCUACUGCAACAUCGUCUACAGCUAGAUUUGGAUUGGGCUGUCCUUUGCAACAGACGCUACAGUAUCCGUAUGAGUUACCAUCAAAGUUUGCUUCAAUUACUGUUGAUGAUAUUGUUGUUACUAAGCCGGAAAGGGAUGAUAAUGGUGAUGAAAGGGGUGGUGCAGACUUUUAUGGAUGUGAUAGCAGAGGUUAUGGUUAUGACAAUACGUAUUGUGACCGUACCAGCUUUGGCUCAAGUUCUGGGUGUAAGAAUCUACCCCUCCAUCACAAAAAUCAUCAAAAUCUACCCCUCCAUUACAAAAAUUGUCAAAAUCUACCUAUUCAUUACCAAAAUCAUCAUCAUCAUCUACACCAUCAUCACAAAGCCUACGAUGAUCAUUACAAUCAUAUUGGCUGCGUAUUCCAACCAGAAACUGGCCUCAGGAAACGUGGAAAUCAACUGGUAAACACGGAAAAUCCAUGGCCCAUGCCCACUUUUUCUGGUAUAAAAAACUUUUUGAAAGACAAAUUUGAAGCCUUGAGGCAAUCUUUUUAUGUCACUGCCAAGAAGCAGGGCCACAUGAGAAUGGUGCAGAAACACGGAUUUUUGUAA